UCUCUUUUAGGCCCUGCUAACUGGGCUGGUAUAUGUAGUACAGGCAAGAAACAAUCACCAAUUGAUAUUAAAAGCACCGAGAUAACUCAUGACAAAGGAUUGGGUGCGUUCACACUGGAAAACUACGACAGGAAGCUCAACAAAACCUUCACUGGCUCAAACACAGGCUACGCCUUUGGAAUGGCAUUCCCUGAGAGAGUGUACAAUGUCAGCGGAGGAGGUCUGAACGGUGUUUACACCACUGUUCAGUUUCACUUUCACUAUGGACCAAACGACACUGUGGGAUCGGAACACAUUGUAGACGGAGAACAUUAUGCCGCUGAGGUGAGUGAAUGAAUGAAUGACUGGGUGGGUGGAUGAGUGAAUGAGUGGGUGAUGGGUUGGUGGGUGAGUGGUUUAUGAGUGAGUGAGUGGGUGGGUGGGUAGUGAGUGGUUGGGUGGGUGGAUGGCUGUGUUUGUUUGUGGGUGAGUGAGUGAGUGAGUGAGCAAACUGAAACUGAAUGUUACAAAGACAAUUCUUGCAUCAAAGUACAACGAGGUGUUUCUUUUAAUAUAUCAGAGAAAUCCAUUGGUCUUUCUAAGAAUUAUAUCAUAAGUGCGACAUAAAAACAUUCCAGAGUUAUAAUCCCUAAAUAGAGAAAAGGACGGUCCGAAGGUUUCAAGCUGUACAUUAAUUGAUAAAGGAAAUUCGUUGCUCAAACGCGAGUGAUAACGGUCGGCGCGAACCUACUAGAGUGCAUAUGUUUUUCUUUUGUUGUACAAAGUCUAUGAUUCAUCAGCCUAUCAGCUCGAUAACUAGCUUCGCGUUUUAUUUGCGCCUUCUUAAGAGAUCUUCCUUUGCUGCUAACCUGGAAAUUGUUAAAUUGUUAAACUGUUUUCAACACUAAACAACUUCAGUUUCUGCAAACGAAUGAGACUACGGAAAAGUAGUUUUUAAAAUUCCUUUUAAGGAACUUCAAAUAUUCGCAUCAAAUGUUUGACUUUACCUUCUUGUUUUUACAGUUGCACUUUGUAAGUUAUAACACCAAAUAUGACAACAUUGUGCAAGCAAUCGAACAUGAAGAUGGUCUUGCUGUUCUUGGUCUCUUCAUACAGGUAAUUGGGAAAAAAGAAGUUGAUUAAAUAGAGAAUAUCUAGAGAUCUCGAGAGAUAAAUUUAGAGCAAUUGUUUUAAAAUGUGAAUAGAUAUAACGACACGUGUUUCGAUAGGAUAUCAGAACAUCUGUUUUGGUACGAUCGACAUUUCUCAGUGGCCAAAAUCCCUAUAACACACUGUAGUUUAUAUAAUAUAUUUAUUAAGUAAACCCAAACGUUCCUGUGAACUUUUCGGUUUCGUUUCAGUAAUCUGCAAUCAUUCUUGGGCCGAAAAUUUGAUAAACGUGAAUCGCUUUUUAUUCUGAUUUUUCAGGUUGGAGGCAUGAAUAACACAGCAUUUUCUUUUCUGGAAAAUGCCCGAAACCUUUCUGAGAGUUGUAAGUGAUGUUUUUUCCGCAUAUUCGCAGUUUUCAUGGCGCAAUUUCAUGAAACCGUGUCCGUUUCUCCAUAUUGUGACUAACGACAUCUUUGGUACGUUUUUAUCUCCUUCUGUAUCUGUAGACUCAUCCAUGGGUGGCAUUCCAGCUUUCAGAUUUGACAGCCUGUUACCUGCCAACAAGACCAAGUACUUCCGCUACAGCGGUUCUCUAACCACUCCUUCUUGCAAAGAGAGUGUCACGUGGACUGUUUUUAGGGACCCUGUCAACAUAUCGCAGUAUCAGGUACCGUAUUUGACUGAAAAAAAAACGUGUUUUAAACUACUUGACAGCAGCGUUUUUUUUAGUGUAAAAAUAGUCCGAAUAUCUCCUAAUUUGUUUGUUUUUUUGUUUUUAGAUGAACCUUCUGCGUCAACUCCAGAAGACGUACACCACAUUAAGUGUUGGAAAUUACCGUCCCGUUCAGCCACUCUACAACCGAAUCGUCAGGGCUAGCUUCCAGGCUUCCGCUGAUACUAAUAGUGCAACUUCAACCCCGAGAAUCAGUACUGGUAGUAUUGCUACAAGUGCGACAGAACAGGCCUCGCUAGCUGCGACCGUCGGGUGUGGCCUGGGAUCGUCUGCAGUUCGAAUGUCUGCUGGCCUGUAUUUGUUGAUGUUGUUUGCUGCCUCCUCAGCUAUUUUUAUACAUGAGUUUUGA